AUGGCGACAGUAAGCGAGGGUGAGCUUGUUGCCUCAAGCAAUGGUCGCGGUGGCAGUUCCGGCAGCACUGCAGGCGCAGAUGCUGACGACAAAGGUGCUGCUGGCGCUGGGGGCGGUGGUGGUGGCGGUGUCAAUGCCAGCGCCGGCGCACGCACUGCCAACGGCAACGAUAUCGGCAUUGGCAGCUUUAUGCGACGCAACAGCUUUGAGGACGAAGCACUGGUUGCUGUUGUCGACGUCGUUAUAACCGACGAGGCCGAAACGCUGGACAGUGGCGAGGGUGCUGUACAUAUUGGCGCUGGCUGUGGUGGCGGCGGUACGCGACACAAACGCUCGUACACAUGA